CCCCUUGAUGAUAUGAAUCAAGCCACUACAACUAUUUAGUUAGGGGGCACUGGUUGCGAGUAGACACACAACGUCACAAAAACCAUUGAGAGCCGCGAAAUUGCAAGUGCACAAAUACGAUUUACCCAGUACCUAGAGUUCGAUCCGAAGAGGAAAUUGUUUUAUAUAAUGGAUACGGCUUCCUAAAGAGAAGAGAAAACCAUCGAGUAGAGUGAGUACUGAGUACGUUCCACGAGCGUUAUCAACGCCACUUGAGCCAAUAUUUCGCGUACAAAUAAACUAGACUACCAGAUAUGCAUGAACGCAUACAUAUUUGUGGGUUUAAUACCUUUAAAAAGGUAGAAAAGCAAGUUCACCCAGAAUCGCGGAUCCAUUCUGUCGCUUUUUGUGCGCGUAGCAGUAUCACACCCGCUCCCGCAAUGGGAGAAGUUCCAAAAGUAAAAGACCUGCCACAGGUGAUCGAGCCCCAUCUUCCGGAGGGUUGUACCCUAGACUCGUAUGUCAGCCGCUACCUGACUAAGCCCGGAGAUAACUACGGCAGCAUUAUGUUGGCCGUGCAGGCGAAAAUUCGGAGCAAAGACGGAGCCAUUUGGGACUUGCCACUGAUAGCCAAGCUGCCACCCCUCACCAAUGAACUUUACUGGCAGAUUUUCCAGCCUGAGCGCACCUGCAUCACGGAGAACGCGGUCUACCAGUAUCUGUCAACCGAGCUGGACAAGCUGCAGCUCCAGGAGGGCAUUCUUCCCGCACAACUCUUCGAUGGCUUCCCGCGAUACUACGGCUCCCGCAUCUCGCUUGAUUCCCGGGCUUCAAAAGUGGAUCGGGAUGCUAUUCUCGUCCAGGAGAACGUUACGGUGCAUGGCUUCCGGCCUGGAAAUAGACACAGGCCGUACAGUCUGGCUGAAACUGUACUUGUCCUGCACUACUUGGCCCAAUACCACGCCCUACCCAUCGCUCUGCGCCUGAAGAAGCCGCUGGUAUACGAGGAAUACGUACGGCCCUUUUUCAAGAAGUUCGAUAUGAACAGCAAUAUUAAUCCGGCCGAGAAGGAACUGAUGAAUGAUCAGAUUCUGAGGGACAUCCAGGCGGUGACCAGUGAUGAGCGGGACGUUAACCGAGUCAAGGAGCUGCUAGAUAUUUUUGACGCAUUCCAAGCCGGCAAGGAUGUGGACGACGGACCCUUCACCACCCUUGUGCACGGAGAUUUAUGGAUCAACAAUAUGAUGUUGAAAUACGACGAAAAUGGCACUCCAGUCAAGGUUAAAAUUGUUGACUUUCAAAUCGCGCAGUACGGAUCGUUGGUUCACGAUAUCAUCUUUCUGCUGUUCUCAAGUGUGGACGUAAAUGUUUUGGAGGAGAACUACUACAAUUUCCUUAGUAUUUACUACAACGCUUUCAUUCAAGCCCUGCGCGGCGUUAAUGUCGACACCAACAACUAUUCCAAAGAGAUAUUUCUCAAUGAGGUGCAAAAAGUGGCACACAUACAGCUGCCUCAUGCCAUCUUUAUGAUGAAGGUAAUUUUGGCUGAUAACAGCACGAUUCCCGAGGAUUUUAAAGACGUGGAUUUCUCAGUGUUGUCCAAGAAUACUGGAGUAAAGACUAUUGUGACGAAGUUUGAGGCUAUCUUGCGACUGGGAAAAAAGUUUAAUAUUUUUUACUAAGCCAAUUUUGCUUAACUGCAAGUCACGGAAAUAAAUAUUUGACCAUAACA